UGGCUAACGACUAGAUUCGAGCUAUGGCUGUUUUGGUGUCUCUUCUCUCUUCCCCCUUCUGUUGGUUCUACAAGCUAGUGAACCUUAAUUCCUGGCCUCGGAAGCUGAUGCUUGUCUUCCGGUGUAGAAUUGUCAGCAUUUUGGCCAAAACUCGACGCAUCUACAGGUCCAACUUACUCAACAUUCAACGACUCUCUUUUUCGGACUGUUUUUCGCGUUAUCAUACCUGCCUGAUAUGGCAGAGGCUUCAGAAGCAUGGCACGCAGUCAAGCCAACAGGGCUUGCUGCAGCUCUUCUCGCUACCACCAUCAUAUUCACGCCGAUGAUUAUCGGUGUUGUAGGGUUGAGAAUCUGGGUGAGGGUGACGCAUCACUGCUUUGGACUCGAGGAUUGGCUCAUGUGCAUCGGCGCGACUCUCAACUUGGUUCACAAUGGAGUCGUCAUCUGGGGCAGUUUUACCGGCAUUGGGACGCGUGACUCUAAGCUCAACACCGCGAUGAUAAUGGAGGGUUUCAAGGCCGUCACAUUUUGGCAGAUCUUCUAUAUCAGCAACUCUUUGUUCAUCAAGAUAUCCAUCUGCGCUCAGCUCCUGCGUGUUACGGAUAACAAGAGAAUUAAAGUGUUUCUCUGGGGCUUGAUAGCUCUGACAGUCCUCAUUACAUUGGUAGCAGGAAUUAUUGGUCUAGUGAGGUGCAGACCUCUGAGCGCAUCAUGGGAUCCAAGCACGGGAACAUGUAUGGAUCAAGGGAUACUCUCAGUACUGACAUACGUCGUGUCGGGGAUCAAUAUCGUGGUGGACUGGUCUGUCGCUAUACUGCCAGUGAUCAUUCUGUGGAAUGUUCAGAUGCACAGGACUUUGAAGAUCAUGGCGAACGUGGUUAUGGGCAUUGGCGCAUUGGCAUCAGUGGCAACUAUUAUUCGCCUUCCAUACUCCCCUGCAUACUCUCAACCUUCGAACCAACUCCACGGCAUUGGCAACAUCAUCCUUUGGACGAUUGUGGAGUGCAGUCUCGGCAUCAUCGCCGGAUCAAUGCCCAUGCUCCGAAAGCUCUUCAAAGCGUUGCGGAAAGACGACAGCUCAUACGCCAGAGGGACCGACGAUAUCAACCUCGUCACAAUUGGCCAGGUUCGUGGGAAGCAUCAUCCGAUUUAUGACGGGGAUGUCAGAGCAACUGUUGCUGCAGGUGAAGAUCGAGAGAGCGAUAGAGAUGACGAGAGCACGAGGCAGAUAAUCAGGGUCACAAAAGAGUUCGAGCAGGUAUCAGUCAUAGAGAAGCCUCCGUCUCGACAUUAGUUACCGAAAUCUCGACGAUACAAAAACAUAUAGAAUAACAUACACUUGCAUAUACGUACAUCAUGCCAUCAUGGACAGGCUCAACUGUUCUUCAAGACUCAAGUCAUAGGCGUGUAGCCCGUAUCACAAUCUCUUCACUUGACAUUCUUCAUCACAGACUUGAUCGUCGGCUCAGCCUGUGCUCCCAUUUUACUACCCUUGGCUUUCGUCGUCGUCGCGGGUUUCUUCUGGCCCUGCUUUGCCUUAAGUUGAGCUUGACCCUUUUCCACUACCGCCACUUUCCGUUUCUGUUUUUUCUUCUUCUUAUUCUUUAUGCUGUUUUUCAUGCUGCUCUCCACGUUUUGCUUCUUACUUAGUACCGCUGUUUUGACCAACUGCUGUUUAUUGCUAGAAGUGCCAGAUUUCAAUGAUUUCUUAGUAGUCGGGCUCUUCACUUGGUCAACUAUCGUACUGGGCAGUUUCUUCUUCUUGGUUUGCUUAGUCUUCUGUUGUCCGACUUUCGUUAUCUUGCUCUUUGUGUCGGCCACUGACUUGAUGGCAGGUCCUAGAGUUUCUGGUCUUUUUGAAGUCAGUGAUAAUGUUGAGCUGACGGCCUCUCCUGGCGGCUGUUGAAUGAUUAGUACGACAGUGCUAGAGUCGCGUCUGCCUCACAGCCCAUUAAUAUUACCUGUGUACUAGAUUUAACUGUCUUAGUUUGGCGCCAUCGGAACUCGAUAUCCGGAAUUCCAAAUAUCUUUAUCCAAAACCACGAGAUAUCGCAUGGCCAUAGCUGAUAGAUAAAGUCGGUAGCUAUCUCGACGGCCGGGUGAGCCGUGUGAAUUCUUCCCACGGGCCUGUUACCCAUCUUACCCUUGAUGAUAGGCUCUUCGUAUAGUUGGUAGAAGGUUUGCCCCGAAGGGUGAAAGAACAGGGGCGGAGGAUGAGAAAGUACAGUCACUAGAUCACCUUGAGAGAUAAACCAUGCGAAAAUGAUGGAAGCGCCGUGGAUGAACCUUGGACGGGCUUGUGUCUGAGGACUUGGAUCACCAUGAUACAACAGUGGACCGAGUGCAGUCGUCAAUGUUUGCAGCCCAUGAGCAUCGGCCCAUUGCUGGGCCUGUUCACGAAGCAUGCCACUCCAAAGCACCUGGCGGUUGGGGAUGCAGGCAUUUUGAAACCUUGAUAAGAUCUUUUCGGCCUCGUCAUCAAUGAGCCACUGGCGGAUGAGCUGUCGGAUUGCAUCAGGUGGCUGAUUUGUGCUGAAACUCACUCCAGGCAU